AUGCGGUCACCAUCCGUCGAAGGAGUACCAUCGCCCCUCCAAAUUGGCUCCCCGAACAGUAGGAGGACCUCCGAUAUCACAGUCCCUUCUGCUUUGCGCGUUGGCUCUCCAACAACUGGCGAUACCCCGCCCAUCCACGCUCGGCCAUCGCUGCGUCGCAAGAACACGUCUGGCGCCUCCGACAGGCUCUCGCAACUCUUUCCGUCCCGACCGUCCUCAGUCGCCUCAAUCGCAUCUCCUAGCAGCACCCCUGCAUCAAGACGUCAGUCGUUUCCUUCGCCUCUGCUACCGGCCGCAGAACCCUCGUAUCGCAUACCCCGCGCUCCAGCGCCGCCCUCUUUUGCCCAAGAAACAUCAUACAACCCUGUCGCAAGCGUGUUUACUCAAGAUCGCGCAUCACCGUCGUUGGGCAAGAGCAACAGUAGGACCAAACGGGUCCUCGACCGAAUCGCAUCGUUGCACAGGGGAGCCUCUCAUGGGGGACGUUACAACCGACUGGAUGAUGAAGAAUCACAACCCGGCAGAAGAUGGCUUGUGGGAGUCGACGAGGGGGACGAGGCAGUCGGAUACGAUCUGAGCUCGCUAGGCGGUCUGCCGCUGAAAACAUUCGAGGCACAAUCGCGGACACAGGACAUACACGAAGGGCAAGAGCGUGACAGAGACAUGGAUGAAGCUAGUCACGCCGCAGAAUUUGAGCGUCUCGAGGCGCAACUCGGAUCUGGCAUGACUUCUGUACUCCAUGUUCCGUUUGAGCACACGCCAGCUGGACCAGUACCAGGCUUCUUUCCAGGCCACCGACGCAUUCUGACAAGAGCGGAUGUAGUAGACGAGCAGGCUAGAAAAGCGCAAGACGAGGCUGAAAAUACCGGCAAAGUUGUUGCUGUUGCAGCAGAUGUUCCAGUCGAUAUCAGCGAAUUCACAGGAGUUGCUCGCGACUUCGACUCUAUGAGAACUUUGACGGCUGAGGCUGGUCUCAUUUCCAGUGGUGCACAGACUAGCUACUUUUUUCCUGAAGGCAAGUUUCCCAUACAUUGUAUGUGUCUAGAGAUAGCAUCUAACACGCAUGCAGAUCCCCAGAUGCCUGCAUGGCGGCCCCUUACUAUGAGCUCGUGGUGGAUUCUUAUGCUCAUUAUUCUUGCACUUGCACUCGCUGGUGUACAGGAAUAUCUCUGCCAGAUUUCCUUACGCGAUGUCAGAGAUCAUCCAAAAAAUGGUGGGUUGUGGAAGUUCAAGAAGGUUAACAGCUUGUCUGUCGCGGAAUACUUCACCUGGCAAUACGCGCCCAUCAUGAUUUCGGUCUUCUAUGGCGUUCUCUGGCAAAUGUCGGAUUUCGAGGUCAAACGUCUGGAGCCAUUUUACCAGUUAUCCAAGAAGACAGGCGCGACAGCAGGGGAAUCGCUGAAUAUGGACUACUUGACGUUCUUGAGCUUCCUAGUACCAUUGAGAGCACUUCGUCACAGACAAUACGCUGUCAUUUACAGCUCGUUGGGCACAUUGGUCGCUAGCAGUCUUGUACCUGUCUUGCAGAGUGCUUCUAUGACUAUGUGGCCAGACGAGAAGGACCGUAAUCUUGGCGACUGGAAGGCUGUGAGAGUCGAACCGGCCUGGUCUAGAGCGCUUUCAGCGUGCCUUUUGAUUGUCGCAGCUUGUGGCGGGGCGCUGAUGUACGCGAUGCAAAGAAAGAGCGGCUUGCAGUCGGACCCCAAGGGCAUCGCAGGCAUCGCGGCCAUGGCUACGAAAAGCCACAUUCUUACGGAUUUCAAAGGGCUCGAUCAGGCUUCCUUGCCACAGAUACAUAAGCAGCUUCGCCAAAGAAGAUAUAUCCUGCACAAAAGCUCACUCUGGCAAGGAGAAUACAUAAAGAGCAAGGAAAAGAUACACGAGCAAGGCUCUGAUCCCAGGCCGCUCAUGCUUCGUAUGUGGGCGGGCGUACCCUUCAUUGGCUUUCUCUUCUUGUUCACCAUUGCGGUUCCACUCCUCACAUUCGUGGAGGAGACGGGCAUCAUCACACAAACGCUGCCCUGGAUGAUGACAGGAAUAGCGACUAUCAUACGCAUACUCUGGAACACCAUGAACAGCGAUGUUCGCAUGCUACAACCUUUCUACCUCCUUUCACUUCGCCACGCCCCCGCCAAGACUCUGACUCUCGAUUAUGCUGGCACGAAUCCUCUCUGGCUGCCCUUCGAAGCCUUCUUCAAUGGACAUUACCUUGUCAUGCUCGUCGCUUUUGGGUCCAUCCUUGCCGAGAUACUAACCGUCUGCGUGAGUUCGCUCAGCGUCGACGGUAAAAAAUUCAUACCCGGUUUCGGCGGUGAGAAUGAGGACAGUAACCAUGACGGCGAGGAUAGCGAUCCAUCUGAUCGAUGGAACUCAGACCAAACGUUUCGCAGCUUCUGGUGGAGCUUCAUUCUCACCAUGUUCAUCCUGAUCUAUCUUAUCGGCAUCGCUCUCCUUACCUAUGCGAAGCGCAGUCAGAAGUUCAUGCCCCGCGAGAUUGGCACCAUGGCCUCUGUCCUCGCCUUCAUCCACCAGUCCAAGAUGCUCUUCAGCUUCAUCGACACGGAAAAGCUCAACUCAAGGGAGAUGACGAAGCACCUCGAGAAGAGUGGGAAGACGUACGCGUUGGGCUGGUUCCAGGGUAGAGACGGCGAAGAUCACUUGGGCAUCGACGAAGAAGAGAUCAGCAGCGCGUACGUCUUUGGCAAGGAUUGGACUGAGGGGCGGUUGAGACCAGGUAGAGAUCUGACGUGGGAGGUUUAUUAG